AUGAUGUCCUGGUUUUUUCUUCGUCCAUUGACCAACAUUUCAAACAUCUUAAUCUAUUUCUUGAAGUCACUCGACGUAACGGUCUGGCUGUCUCUAAACCAAAACUUUGUCUUUUUCAAACUAAGAUACGUUUUUUUGGGUCACUACAUUAGUCAAGGAACAAUUGUUCCAAUCGAAAGAUCUCUUCAAUUUGCAUAUAAAUUUCCUGAUAAAAUUUUAGACAAAAAUCAAUUACAACGGUUCCUGGGUAGUUUAAAUUAUGUCCUUGAAUUUUAUCCCAACAUCAAUCUUCUUUGUAAACCUCUCCAUGAUAGAUUGAAAAAGAGUCCCCCUCCCUGGAGUGACCAGCAUACCAAAAUAGUUCAGCAAAUUAAGAGGCAGGUUCAGAGUCUCCCAUGCCUUCACAUAAGUGAUCCUUCUCUCCCUAAAAUCGUCGAAACCGAUGCCUCUGACCUAGGAUAUGGAGGAAUCCUUAAGCAGAUUCAAAAUGAUAAGGAGUUGUUGGUACGCUUUACUUCUAAACAUUGGAACCCUACCCAAAUCAAUUACUCCACUGUCAAAAAAGAACUGUUUGCUAUUGUUUUAUGCAUCUCAAAAUUUCAGCAUGAUUUGCUCAAUCAAAUUUUUUUACUACGCAUUGAUUGCGAAUCAGCAAAAUACAUUUUGGAAAAAGAUGUUCAAAAUAUUGGUUCUAAACAAAUAUUUGCACGAUGGCAAGCCAUCCUUAGCAUUUUUUAUUUCGACAUACAAUUUAUAAAUGGUUCUUCAAACUCUCUUCCAGACUUCCUUACUCUGGAAUUUUUGCAUGGAGGACGAAGUGUAGAAAACUCUCAGGCAUGCAAUCCUCAAUCAUAA